AUGAAUUAUGUUGGACAGCUUGCUGGACUUCUGGUUACUAUGAAGGAGUUGUAUAAAGGCCUUAAUCAAGCUACACUUUCAGGAUGUAUUGAUGUAAUUGUAGUUCGGCAACAAGAUGGUACAUAUCUGUGCUCACCAUUCCAUGUCCGAUUUGGAAAACUUGGUGUCUUACGUUCAAAAGAGAAAGUGAUUGAUAUUGAAAUUAAUGGAGAAGCAGUUGAUCUUCACAUGAAACUGGGUGAUAAUGGAGAGGCCUUCUUUGUGCAGGAAACAGAAGAAAAAUUUGAAAAUGUUCCAGCCCAUCUCGCAACAUCGCCGAUACCUACAGAAGAUCAGUUCUUCAAACAAAAUUUGAUGAAGUCAGGUGAAAAUGAAAAAAUAGAUUUAAGCUCAGAAAUUCCGCAAAUUGUAGAAACAGAGCCUUUUUUCCCCUCUGGGUCAGUGAAGAAAAAAAAACGAAGAAAGAGAAAAUGUAAACAAGAUGUGAAAAAAGAAGAACAAUUCUCUUCUCUUGGAACUGAGGAAAUCUUUGAAAUGGAAAUAAGUUCAGAUGAUGACAGGUGUAUUCUACCUUUGAGAAACCCUGCAGAUUCUCCACCAAAGGUUGAAGAGUAUAAAGAUACAUUGAUUUAUCCUUCAAAGGAUGAUUACCCUUUAUCAGAUGGAGAUUGGCCUGUUUCAGAGAACCCUUUUAGCCAGUCCACUUGUCCUAAAAGUGAUUCAGAACUGGAAGUUAAGCCUACAGAGAACUUGCUUAUUAGAGGAGAAUCUCACAUGGAAUGGACAUGGGGAGGCUUUCCUGCAUCUACCAAGAUAAGCAAGAAGGAAAAACUGGAACAUCUUAGAACAGCUACCAUCACUCCAUCAGAGAAGACUCAUUUUAGGGUUAUAUCUAGCAAUGAUAUAAUUGAAGAUGAUAUUCUGAUGAAUGAUUCAGUUUGUACAGUUUUCAAACCGGAGCCAAGAACACAUCCACUACUUAAGGAGCUAGAUAUCAAAGAUAGACUUGCUUCUGCAGUAACAGAGCCUGUUCUGGAAAUUCUUGAGCAUUCUCCUGACUUAGAUACUGAUAUACUCCCCAGCCCACUAGUGGAGUCACCAUCAGAAAUUAAGCCACCAACAAAGCUUGACUCUCCAUCGAAGAAAAAAGGGAUACAUAAAAGAAGUCAGCACCAAGGACCUGAUGACAUAUAUUUGGAUGAUCUGAAGGCUCUAGAACCUGAGGUUGCUGCUCUUUAUUUUCCCAAAAGUGAUUCUGAUCCAGGUACUAGACAGUGGUUGGAGUCUGACACUUUCUCUGGUUCCCAGUCUCCACAAUCAGUUGGAAGUGCUGCUGCAGACAGUGGUACCGACUGUAUGUCUGAUUCUGCAAUGGACUUGCCUGAUGUUACAUUAUCUCUUUGUGGAGGUCUUAGUGAAAAUGGAGAGAUAUCUAAAGAAAAAUUCAUGGAACACAUAAUUACUUAUCAUGAAUUUGCUGAAAAUCCAAGUCUUAUAGAUAAUCCUAACUUGGUAAUAAAGAUAUACAACAGGUAUUAUAAUUGGGCAUUGGCUGCUCCCAUGAUUCUCAGCUUGCAAGUGUUCCAGAAAAGCUUACCACAGACAACAAUUGAAUCCUGGAUUAAAGAUAAGAUGCCGAAGAAGUCUGGAAGAUGGUGGUUCUGGCGAAAAAAGGACAGUUUGAUUAAACAGCUUCCAGAAACAAAGGAUGGGAAAUCUGAGGCUCCAAAAGACAACCAAUCAACAACUAUAAAGGAACAACUUGAAAACCAGCUUCCAGAUGAUGAAUCUUCUAGUGAUGAUGAAGGUUCCCAGGAACUGAAACAAUCCUUAAUGGCAGAUCCCAUUCCAUUUGAACAUUCAAGCUCCGGGAACACAAUGUCUUAUAGAAAGUCACUUAGAUUGUCUUCAGAUCAAAUUGAGAAACUGAAGCUUAGAGAUGGACCAAAUGAUGUUGUGUUCAGCAUUACAACUCAGUAUCAAGGAACUUGUCGUUGUUCUGGGACAAUAUAUUUAUGGAACUGGAAUGACAAAAUAAUCAUUUCUGAUAUUGAUGGGACAAUAACUAAAUCUGAUGCUUUAGGGCAGAUUUUACCACAGCUUGGGAAAGAUUGGACUCAUCAGGGUAUUGCAAAACUCUAUCAUUCUAUUAAUGAGAAUGGCUACAAGUUUCUGUAUUGUUCUGCUCGUGCAAUUGGAAUGGCAGAUAUGACAAGAGGAUACUUACAUUGGGUUAAUGAUAAAGGAACAAUUUUACCCAAGGGUCCUUUGAUGUUGUCACCUAGCAGCUUGUUUUCUGCCUUCCAUAGGGAAGUUAUAGAAAAAAAGCCAGAGAAAUUCAAAAUUGAAUGUUUGAAUGAUAUUAAGAACUUAUUUGCUCCAUGUGAACAGCCUUUUUAUGCAGCUUUUGGGAACAGACCUAAUGAUGUCUAUGCCUAUAUGCAAGUUGGAGUUCCAGCCUGCAGAAUAUUUACAGUUAACCCCAAGGGUGAACUUAUCCAGGAACAAACAAAAGGAAACAAGUCUUCCUACUACAGAUUAAAUGAACUUGUGGAGCAUUUGUUUCCAUUAAUUAAUAAAGAACAGAGUUCUGCUUUUGUCUGCCCAGAAUUCAGCUCUUUUUGCUACUGGAGAAAACUGCUUCCUGAAGUGAAUAUGGAAGAUUUAGCUUGAAUAGAAUCACUCAUACACAGAGCUUCUUUCUGGAGAGGUCAUUAUACCGUUUUGGUACCAUAUGUCUUAUUAAAUGCAAGAAGAGCUAUUCGUUGAUACAAACUAGUGAAAUUCAAAACUAUCUCCUUUGUUCUUUACUCAAGCCCGCUGUUUUUUUAAAGAUACUGGAAAAAUAACCUUCUGAAAUAGCAAAUUUUCAAAGUAAGGAAAAUGGAUGAAUUUAGCUUUUCAUCUUCAAGUGUAUAUGAAAUACAAAAAAAAUGUGGAACUCGUAGCAUUUCUGUUUGGUGUGCUAUAAGAAUUCUGGAUAAUACUCAAAAUAGCAUUUAAGGUGUUUUAGAUGCAACAACUGAGAACAUCAUGCAAUUUUUAAUGUGUGUCUUAAGAAUGUAGUGGUUAAUGGAUAAAUCUAGAAAAAUGAAAUCAAAGUAAAAUGCUAUUUUUAAUUAUGCAUUUAUGCAGGUUUGCCUUUAGCAGUUUGUUUAAAUCCUACACAGUAUGAUAGACCUGCCUUGAGCUUUUUACUUGCAGCACUUUUUUCUUUUGUAAGCUACAGUACUACCUGAAAUUGAAAGUCUACAGAAUGGUAAGAACUUCUUUGCUGCAAAAUGAGCGAUUGUUGCCAUUUCCUAAUUAAGUUUAGUUUAUGUAUGAUGGAAAAGUUACUAGGCAACACAUAUAGAAAAUGUUCAGGAAUAAACCUGUUUUCUAAAUAAAAGGCAAUACAUGCAGUCAAUUUUUAAAAGUGGGACUGCUGCUUUGCUUUUCAGGACCUCUGCAUCAGGGUUUUUCAAUUUGAUAAAAAAGGUGCAGGUCAGUGAAUUAUUUUGAAACUGCUAUAAAUGUCACUUCUGAUUAAAUAUUUUGUAUUAGCUGCACAGUAAAUCUCAAAAAAUAACCAAAGUUCUGGAUUAAGUAGCAGUUGUCUUACAUUCUUUCAUUUGUUUUCCACUGCUGAGGUUUUUACCCUUACGUCCUAGCAAAAUAAUUUUAAAGACUAUCUUAAAGUUUAUCUCAGAUUUUAAGAAUGGAUAGGCAACACUUGUGAAUGGGUGUUUUUUUAUGGACACUGAAACAUAUGUAAAUAUAUCAAACGAUAAGGUCUGCUAUUGAUUUGAGUUCAUGUUGCAGUAGUGUUUAGAAAGUGUUUCACAAUAUUAGGAGGAAUGGCUUAUUUUCUAUUGAAUUUGUAUAGAAAAUAUAUCUGAAAAAAAUAGAAAUUUCAAGGUAUGGCAUUUUUUACACUAUUUUAAGUGUACAGAUUCUUAACACCAUGAAAUAAACAGUGUUUGGGCUGCAGUGUAGUAUUGUUGAAACAAAUAUACAUCCUGUUGGAAGAUUAACAAUAUUCUCAAUGUAUGCUGAAAUUAUAUAAUUCUGAUUAGUCAUUGCCAAUUGUACUAUAUCAAAUUCAUUAGUGUAUUAUGUAAUCACGUUCAUAUUUGAUAAAGCAUUUUCUUAGAUUAAAAUUCAGUAAAACAAAGAAAAAUUCCAUUAACAUCCACAAAAGAUGUGAUAUUUGUUCUACACUGCAGUGGUAUUUAAUUUGCAUUUUAGUAAUGUUUUAUAAGUUCAUUUUGAUAAAGUGAAUCCCUAACAAUAUAAUGAAGUCAUCUGAAGUUAAUUUUUCUGUGAUAAAGUGGCUGGUAUGGAAAAAACCUAUGGCUUAUUUUUGAAUGUUGAGAAUUUCCAAAUUUCUUUUCAAGGAAGAAUUCCAUUACACAGUUAUAUGCACUCAGAAUUCUGCUCUUUUCUUUGUUAAAUUUACAAAGUGCUUGAGUCAUCCUGAUCUAAACAUUACUUUUCAUUGCAACAAGUAUACAAGUCUUAACUUGGUGAUUAUUUAUUAUCUAUUUAAAUCUUUCUGGAUAACAUAUUAGACAAUUGCAUAUUAAGUUUGGGUUUUGCCUGAGCUGGCCAGUGAUUAACCUUGUCUCAGUAUUCACUUUCUGAUAGAGCUCAUCUUUAAUCUAUUUCCUGGUAGCAAAUACUGAUGAGUUGGGAAACAAUCCUUGUACUGUUUCUGUUUUGGAUCAGUACAUGUAAGCUAAUUCUUUCUGUGAAAGAAAUGGACAUUUAUGUUUAUUUACUAUGUCGGUCUGUUUUUUCAAGAGUAAUUUUACUUUAGGAAUAUAAUGAAUUGCUGCUCCGGUCAAUUGGAAUAAAUUGGAAUAAAUAAAUACUGCAAUCUAAAUGAGCUGAAAAUCUUGAUCUGAAUCUCUGCAGAUUUUUUUUUUAAAAAAAACAUAAAACAGGACCCAGAAUGUUGGUGUUUUGUAUUGUCAGACAAAGCUCAGUUUUCCUAUUUCUUUCUGUUCAGGCUGUCCAGAAGACAGUAAAAAUGUAUAAAAAUGAAUAGAUAAGCUUUUUUAAAAAAAUGUUACUGUUAAUAUAUUGGUUGAAAAAAUCUGUCUUCAUUUGGAAAAUUAAUAUUUCACUAAAUUUCAUGACUCAGAAUUGGGUAACUCUAAAGUCAAUUCAAUUAAUAUGAUGUAUCAUAUAUAGGUUAUUAGAAUGUGUAAACUAAGGUCUUAAAAUAAUGCCAAAUACAGUAAAAAUACCUGAAAACAUAUGUUUUUUCUGACCUUACAAGUAAGAAAGUUGGCAAAAAUCUUGAGACUUUUUAAAAACAAACUCUACACUUGAUCAGUUCAGAUUUUGAGAAAGAAGAAAACUCUUGAGAACAUUCUUGUUAACUGUAGUUGGAUUUUUCCUUUGAUACAAUAUUGUUUACUUAUUAAUCAAUAAACAUUCCAGAACAGUGAUUUUUGGUACAAACUGGAUGUAUUCGGAAAAAUGUCAUAUCAAAGUGUUUAAUAAAGUUUAUAGUAAAAUUG